AUGACAGAGAUACUCUUCCGCUUGACAACUCUCCAAACUCCAGCUGCUCCCACGUCUAGGCUUGCGAAACUGGCUUACUGCCUGCUGGCCCUGCUGAACUGCAUCCUUUUCGGAAUUGGCAUGAUCGUCAUUGGCAUUUUUGAGACCGACGCUACAGAUAUUUUAAUCGGUAUCCUUCAGCUGAUUCUCCCGCUUGUUGGCUGGAUCUGGGCCGUCGUCUGGGGAGUCAUCAUGAUCACCAAAGCUGUCCUGACGCAGCCGGAAUGA